AUGCCAAGAGUGGUCCCCGAGAACAUCCAAAAGAAGCAAGCCAGAGACGCCAAGUUAUUGAAGGAGCUUAAGGAUAGAAGAGAUCAAGAGAGAAAGGAGAGAGCUGAAAAGAGAAAGCAACUUGCUGCCAAUGCUGAAAAAUACUACAAUGAGUACCAAGCUACUGAGAGAAGUCUCGUUGAUAACUUGAGACAAGCCAAGGCUGCUGGUAAUUUCUUCGUUCCCGCUGAGGCCAAGGUCGCUUUUGCCAUCAGAACCAGAGGUAUCAACAAGCUUGACCCCAAAUGCAAAAAGAUCAUGCAACUUCUGAGAUUGAGACAAUUACACAACGGAGUCUUCGUCAGAUUGAACAAGGCCACUGUUAACAUGCUCAGAAGAGUCGAACCCUAUAUCACCUAUGGUUUCCCAUCUCAAAAGACCAUUGCUAAGCUCAUCUACAAGAGAGGUUAUGGAAAGGUCAGCGGAUCAAGAAUCCCUCUCAGUGACAACGCCAUCGUUGAGAAAGUACUCGGAGAGAAGCACGGACUUACAAGCGUUGAAGAUCUUGUUCACGAGAUUUCCACCUGUGGACCUCAUUUCAAGGAAGCUAACAACUUCCUCUGGCCAUUCAAGCUCAACUCCCCAAGAAAAGGCUUCGCUGAGAAGAGACAUCCUUACCACAACGGUGGAGUUUGGGGCAACAGAGAGGACCAAAUCAACGAAUUGGUCAAGAGAAUGAUUUGA